AUGAGCAGAGCUUCACUCUCAGCUUAUAUGGCAUAUUCUGAAUUAUCAUUUUCUAACAAAAAGAAAAUUCUCGCCUUGAAAGACUUCAGAGUCUCUAUUUAUGAUGUUGCUCUGAGGAACCCGCUCAGUUUGUUGUCAGGUCUCGGGCUUAUUCUGUGCUGUGUCCUGGCGGUGGUGUCAGCCAAUGACAAGGGAAAUCAACAGGGAGACAAGAGAUUCCUUCAAGGAGGAGUUGCCGGAGGUUUUCAUGGCGGAGUCCCUGGGGGAGUUUCCGGAGGCUUUCCUGGCGGUUUCCCAGGAGGGCAAGUAGGCGGUUUCCCUGGCGGUUUCCCCGGAGGGCAAGUAGGCGGUUUCCCUGGCGGUUUCCCCGGAGGGCAAGUAGGCGGUUUCCCUGGCAGUUUCCCCGGAGGACAAGUAGGCGGUUUCCCUGGAGGGCAACCAGGCGGCUUCCCUGGCGGUUUCCCUAGCGCUACGGCCCCACCCGCCACCUGUAGGCGCUGGUGCCGAACUCCAGAACGGCAAGCUUACUGCUGCGAAACGGCGUUUGAACCUGAGGCGCCCGUGGGCACCAAGCCGCUUAACUGCCCACAAGUCCGUCCCACCUGCCCACCAGUACGUUUCGGUGUACAAGCACCUGUAACUUGCUCCAGCGACUACAAGUGCGGCGGUGUUGACAAGUGCUGCUACGACAGGUGCCUGCAGGAACACGUAUGCAAGCCACCUUCCUUCUAUAACCAAUUCGGUUGAUAAGGAAAAUUCAACAUACUUAUUGAUUCAUGUAGUGCCCAUGAUUAAUAAAUGAUUUUCUAAAA